AGUAUCAAGAACAGAAAGGCCUAUGAACAUUCCUAUUGGUCGAAUAAAAGUAAAUCCUUUGAAUAAAAUUAACGUCAUUCUACUUAUAAAUGAGAAUUUAGCCGGCAUACACUGAAUGUCUUCACAAGGAACUCGGUUAAUUAUGAUGAAAAAUUUUAUCUUGGUUUAUCUUCUAAUUCGUCAUCUCUAUCCUCAAAUUGAUUGCCAAUGUCCAACUGCCACUGGCUGGGGGGAAGGACCUCUUGGAAAUUUUUGCUACUAUAUAAAUCAAUCUAUAAGUAAAACGUGGGAAGAUACUUUGUCGUUUUGUUCUGCAAAAGGACUUACAAUGGUUAGAAUAAAGUCGGCGAUAGAAAAUACCGACGUGCAAUCUUUAUUACAAGGGAUACAAAAUCCAAAUAUCAAAAGUGGUUACUGGUUGGGAGUUAGAGACUUUGAGAAUAAAACAAACGAUGGCUAUAUAUUACGCAAUCGUUACGACGAUGGAACAAAAUUGCUAUAUUGGUUUUUUGCUGGCAACGUACCCAAGGUAGAUGAAGCAUUUGCAAUGAAACUAUCUCAAGGAGGAGUAACCAAUGGAAUUUGGGUUGAACAAAAUCGCUCUGAUUUGAACGGUGUUAUGUGCCAAAAAGAAAAACAAUUUCUAACUACUGAAGAUACAACAAUAAUGGCACCAACAACUCCGUCGGAGCUUUUCUUCGAAGAAACUACAACUCAGAGUAUUAUGGUUGUGUUUUAUUAUAUUCUAACUAUACUAAUUUACUGUUUCGUCAUUAAAGAAACGACAAGCGCUCCAACAACAACAGCCGUCCCAUCAACAACAACAGCAGAAUUACCUGGUAAAUUUCUAUAG